AUGUCGAAAAUUUUUACGCCAACAAAUCAAAUUCGGUUGACAAAUGUCGCCGUUGUUCGUAUGAAAAAGGGCGGCAAACGUUUCGAAAUUGCAUGUUACAAAAAUAAAGUGGUAUCAUGGCGAAAAAAUAUUGAAAAAGACAUCGAUGAGGUGCUGCAAAUUCAUUCGGUGUUUACAAAUGUAUCGAAAGGAGCGGUAGCGAAGAAGGAAGAUCUGGUGCAGGCAUUUCAAACCGAUAACAUCACCGAAAUCUGCAAAGAGAUUCUAAUGAAGGGUGAACUGCAAGUGUCUGAGAAAGAAAGACAAUCCGAAUUGUCAGCGAUGCUCAAGGAUAUCGCAACGAAUGUGGCGGAAAAGUGUGUCGAUCCGGAGACAAAACGACCAUAUCCAGUUACGAUGAUCGAAAAGGCCAUGAAAGACAUUCAUUAUUCGGUGAAGCCAAACAAAAAUGUCAAACAACAAGUGCUUGAAGUGAUUGGACUGCUUAAGGCACACAUUCCAAUUGAACGGGCCCACAUGCGGAUACAAGUCACACUCGGUUCGACGAAAGAAGCAAAACAAAUCAGUGAAAAGCUUAAACCAUUGUGUGCAUCGAUUGAACACGACGAUUGGAAUACUGGCUGCACUACGCUCAUCUGUCUCAUCGAUCCCGGCCAAUUCAAACCCAUCGAUGAACUCAUUCGCAAAGAAACCAAAGGCAAUGGCCGUAUGGAACUGCUCGACUUGAAAAAUGUCGUUGAGGAAGAAAUUCUCUAGAGUUUUUGCAUUUCAAAUUGUUUUCUCUUUUUUUAUCGUAAUAAAUCUAUUUAAAAACGAACA